AUGGAGGAUAAUGGGACUUCUUCUCCCGCCGACGAUGAACAUAUCGGAAAACCAAUCUACUAUACACGGCUUUCUUGUUACGUGAUAAUCUUCAUCGUUGGUGUUAUUGGUAAUACCUUGGUCUGCCUCGUGGUUUGCCGGCAAAGGAAAAUGAAGAACGUUACAAAUUAUUUUAUAUUCAAUUUGGCCGUGAGUGAUCUAUCAGUGCUUCUGAUUUGUAUUCCAUUCGAUUUUGGAGAGAUUGUAACGGAGACAUUUCCCUACGGCGCUUUUAUGUGCAGACUUAUUUAUCCUCUUCAAACUCUCGCUACAACUGCCUCGGUUGGAACGCUAGUUGCAAUAAGUCUUAAUAGGUGAGUCCUUUUGCAGUUUCUUUUUCUUUCCAUAAUCAGACUUGUAUGGUGUUUAUAGGUUUAUUGGCAACUGGGCUGUUAAAUACGGUCCCCUGCAGCCGAGCUCAGUGGUACAGCUCCUGGACAAGAAACCAGAAGGUCUUUGGUUCAGUCGACAUCCUAUUUGGAGUACUCGGUUUUCUUCUUCCGAGUCGCCUGAGUCACUGACUUAAAAAUGCUGAUAUCUUUCUAAGGUCUAAUGAUUUUUUAAAAACUCCACAACCGUUACCGACGAGUGUUUUUUUUCUUCCUUCCUAUGGAUUUCCAAUUUUCUCGAUAGAAGUGCAAAUAUGUUUACCUUUAAUUAAAAUUACGUAUAAAGAAGAAACAAACCAUUCGUGCAACUAUUUAGAAAACGGAUAGUUUUUAUUUUAUUUUUUUAUAAAAAAAAUAUUUAAGAAGAUUUGUACAAAACAAAUGAAGCUCCUCUUGAAUGUAAGGCCAAAAGGCAAAGAUCUUAAUCUCGUUUACAGUCUUUACAUGUAUUUUAACAAUGAUUUUGUUCCUGUGCUAAAAGCUUUCUUGCGUCAGUGCCCACUUUCGUCACCGAGGUGGAGUUCAGCCUUUGUGCUGAACAACAGAUCCUACUAAAAUUAAAUAGAUAUUUUUUUUUUCUUUGGUGUACUUUUGUUUCUUAGCUUUUCAACUUUACAUCUGGCUAAAAAAACCAAUCUACAACCAAAUAAGAUUUGGCUAAAAAAAAAAAACCGAGUUAUCAUAAAAACGACGUGCUUGGUUUUAGGGUCAUAGAUAUUGUAUUCAUAGGGAGUUUACAAUUGUAUCCAGGUUUUUUGCCUUUUAUAAACUAGACACGGCAAUUAAUCAAAGACAAAUUUCUAAGUGAAAAGCGCUAUUCACCUCAACCUUGUUAGCUCUCUUUCACAAUAGCAAUUAAGACCAAGACACCAAAAUGGGUCAUUUGAAAAGGGGUCAUUAAGGGCUUUUUGUAACAAAAGAAAAUAUUAUUUUUUUCAUUAAAACUGGUGCAAUACAAUAACUCGUAAGCGAGGUUAAGGAGAACUAUUAGUCAAAAUGAUUUGGGAAUUAUUAUUAUGAUUAUUAUAUUAUCAUUGUUGACUUUUUUCCUUCCUUCAAGAGAGGAAAGGAUUUUGUCUCUGGCUUUUGCGUAUAACAAGGAGCUCAGAGAGUUUCUUAAGCUUUACUGAAGUCUUUAUCUGAUUACAUAACUGUUGCUGAAGUUUUGUGCUUAAAAAGCGUUUCAAACCAUAUAAUUACCGUGUUUUUUUCCUCCGAGCGGAUUUCCGAACCUGAUAAGCACUUUUCUUAUAGAUUAUAUAGUUUCGAGAUAGUUUGCUGACUUGAGGCGAAAUCUUGGAUAGAGUAUCUAAAGAGUCAAAUGCAGGUGGUUUUUGCGUAUCAGCACUCCAGUUUCAAAGCAAAUCGUAAACAAGAUGAUCCAGAGUACACUAGUUCUCUGGUUUUGACGCUACACUGGAAAAUGAUCUUGGAGAGUUUUCGAAACGUCGUCGUGUUUUCUUACGUUUUCAAAAAUUUCUUAAAACGUUUUCAAGCGAAAUUUUACCGCAUUUUUUUUAUAGCCAAAGAGUUUUAUUUUAGUGGCAGAAUUCUGGAGAAGUCAAUUCUAUCCUCAAAAUUAACGAGAUGAUUUUUUCAGCAUGGACCAAAGAUCCUAUUUGGCUUUUUUUGCACGAGAAAGGAUUGUUAGAUAUUAUCUGAUAACUCUACAGAUAUAGCUUUCUUAUAGCUUUUUUUCUGACUAUGAUCGAUGCUAUCGUGGCUUUAUCAUCUCGAUAAGCAUUUUGCAAAAGACAAAAAAAAUGACUUGUUGUUAACCUGCUUGAUAACAACUGUUAUCUUCUUUGAGAUCUGUUGCAAAGUAAAUCUGUUCAUAAUUCAGAGUAUUAGUAAGGCCGUAUUAAGGUUGUAAUUUCGGAAUCUCUUUUAGAAAAUACAAUCGGUUCUAACCUGUCGGAAGGUUUGAGAACUCAAGGGUUAAAUUGCAGUGUUUGAUUGCGGAAGGUUCAAAUUAUCGGGAGGUUAAGGAAGCCGGGGGUUAAAGCUCUUGUAAUGGAUUUCCAUUGCUAUGCUCAGUUGUGAUUGGCUAAACAAUCAAGCGUCACUUUCUCGACCAAUCAGAGAUAACCAAAUUUCUGACAAUGAAACUGUGAUGUGGUUGCACGCAUUUUCCCGCGCUGUGCAAGUGGAUUUCCAUUGCUGUCACUUUCUCGACCAAUCAGAAGUAAUCAGAAAUCUGACAAUGAAACUGAGAUGUGGUUGCACCCGUUUUCCAGCGCUCUGCCGCAGCUGGCUUUAUUUGAUUUGAGCCGUAAUUGGUUCACGGAUUCUUAGCUGCUGUUGUGAUUGACCAGAUAUAUAUAUAUAUAUAUAUAUAUAUAUAUAUAUAUAUAUAUAUAUAUAUAUAUGAUUUUGGUAUUCCGACGCACAACAGGCGGACCACUCUGCUAUAACAGCUAGAUAAACUGCUCUAUAACCACACCAAAUUUCGGUCGCAAAAUUUUCGGUCAUUUUACACUAAACAUCCAGACUCAGGUACUAAGAUAAACAAAAUAUGUCUAAAUACACGUAAAAAUUAUUUAACAGCUCAUUUACGGCUGAUGUUCAGUACAGUUUCAACGCAAAACAUCACAGACCACCCUCGGGCAAACAAAACAAAUUAAAUAAUUUUACUGAUGAGGGGAAUUUGUUUAACAUCAAAAGGUGGAUAGGGCUAUCCACCUGAUAAAUCUCUAUCCAGUGGACAGUGGAAUUAGUUUCCCUAAUACUUAUCCACUGGAUAGUGAUUUAUCCGAUGAAUAGCGCUAUCCAGCUUUUGAACAACUGAGGCCAGGACUCUUUACUUAGUGACCACUGUCGAGAAAAAAAUUUGAGGUUCAACCUGGGAAUCGAACUCGGGAUCUCUCGUCCCGACCAGGCGUGUGGACGUCUCAUGCACAAAUGCUACGCGCUACACUCUUUUUUUAUAAGAACUUUCAGCCUGAAAUUUGCCAAAAUAUUAAGAACAUGCAAAGGACAUACCCGAGGCUCAGAGAAGAUAUGUAAUUUAUUUUUGACUGCUUUUACUUUCCUAAAUCCAGAAAAACUGAAUCACAUAAUGUCCUACUAUGGAAUCAGAGUGCAUGUAAAAAUUGUCUUUCAACACAUUCCAAUUUUGUAUGGUCAAUAAUAUAUUUACAUUGUACCUGUACAAUCCCAGAGUCCUGGGAGCUGCCCUCCCUGGACCUGUUGAGCCAACUAAAUCAAGUCUUUGGAUAUGGAUUUGUUUUCUUUAGACUCAGCUAUUUUGGUUAUAGUAACUUGCAAUUGUUUGCCAUUUUCAUGUUCGAGGUCAAUUUUUCGGAGACAUGUCUCAUGACAAUUGCUGAAAAUAGCGUUUUGGAGCCUUCAAAUUUUUAAAAUGUUAUGGGGGAGGAUACCCAAGGAUACCCCCGGACCCCCCUACAAGGGUAGUGCCUUCGGCACUCGCGAUAAUGCUCUCCUCUCCCGUUACAAAAAAACCUAACUACGACCCUGAAUUCAUUAAUGUGAAAACUAUAAUCAUUGUCUUAUCUUGGCUACAUGUAGCUUAAAAGUUAACAGAUUUCCGUUAUUGAAAUUUACGAACAUCCGUAAGAACUUUUCCAGGCUGAAAUUCUCCAGAAAAUAAGAACGGUCCAGACCCAACUCGAAAACCGGACGUUCUUCUAAAACAAAAAUAGUGUAUCCAGCAAUGUCAGUUUGUACUCAACAAACCACAUGACACUAAGCUUGAAUCUCUCUCUCUUGAUGUGUUGCAGGUUUAUGGCAGUAGUGUACCCCUUACGUCCUCAACUAACAACACGCGAUGCUAAAAAGGUGAUCGGCGUAAUCUGGCUGUUUGCACUAGCUCUCGUGUCACCAUACAUCGCUGUUUUGGAGUUAAAUAAGAAAAACAAGUGUAUUGAAACAUUUGAAGAUAAAGGACUCAAAGCUGGAGCCUAUACAAUUUCUAUUUUUCUUCUUCAGUAUGUGGUACCGUUAUCCGUUAUUGGAUUGUCGUACAUAAGGUGAGUUUAAACUAGUUUUUAAAUUUAUGGCUUUUAAUAAUAAUAGACCUUUUUCCUCACUGGCAAUUUUCGGGAAAAUAUCUGUUUUUGAGAUCUAGAAUUUUCGGAGCAUUUGUUGUAAAAUUUCCUGCUUGCCUGCCUCUCCUAGGAUUUUCGAACAUCUUCAAAAUGGUAUAAUUACUCAUUUUUAACGGAUUUUGACCCCAAAAAAGGCCACCUAGAAUUUUCGGGAGCCUUUUCCUGGCUGAAAUUUUCGAGAAGGUAAGUUUUUAUCCCUGUAAUUUUCGGAUCACUAGAAUUUCAGCUAGGAAAUCCGAACAGAUGAAAAGUUUUUGGGGGAUAAAAAUAUGCCUGCCUUUAUCUACCGUUUGAAUACUAAAAUACGUUCAACAAUGUUAUGUUAAGUGGUUUUGAACUAUAUCCUCGUUGGGUGCCCCUGAUUCCUGUAAACAAAGGCACCAAGUCGAUGCUGGUGGACAAAAUAAAGUGAUUUCUAUGGAACUGUCCACCCGAACUUCGACGUCAUUUCUUUAUGUUUGGUCAUUGGAGCGGAAUGCGGGAAAGGUCUAUGUACUUGGUUAACUGCUAAGAACAAAAACACGUUUAAGCCUUUGGGGGGCUGAUAAGGCUACUUCCUAUUUUGGAAGGAGAAACCUCCUGAAGUAACGAAGACCCACUUCGAAUAUAAUGAGACAUACAUCUCGUUGCUGAUGGAGAAUUCGCGCGUCGUGCACAUGAAAACCUAGCCUGGGACCAGGCUACUUGGUGGAGAAAAAAGGCGAAUAACGGGAAGCAAAAAUGCAAGCCGAGGGACUGAGGAGGGGGAAGCCCUCUUUCUUAGCGCUCUCCCCCGUCCUUUUUCAGUUCCCCACCGUAAGGAACCAGGUCGCAGGCUAAGGAUCGAAAACCCACUUCUCGUUAACGUCGGAGCCCAUAACCCGGAGCGAGCAACUUACAUGUACUCGUGUCACGGCGUUCUUACUGCCAGUUUAUUUUUAGAACGAUUUUGGUGCCCUUUUCGAAUAUUUUUCAGGUCCCACAAACCAGUCAGCAAAACCAAAACCCCUGAAAAUGGCAUUUUUUGACCUUUUAAUGACGUUCAGUUUCAUUUGUUGCAUCUUAUAUUUAUAAUGAGCACAUGAACGGAGCGGAGCUUCCAUUUUCGAGGAAAAAGUGCCUUAAAAUGUAUUUAAAAAUAAACCGGUCCGUGAAAACGUCGAAGAGCUCAUAGUCUCGAAAGGGCGAAUGAGCUUGAGGCCAUGGCAGGGUUUUACAACUAGUUGGUCAAAAAUAUCGAGACAAAAUAACGUUAGCCAGCAAAACGCGAUUCAGCCGCCAUUGUUUUGGUUUUCAAACUGGGCUUAUAGCCUAGUAAAACCACUGUUUGUUUUUAAAAUACAUUAGCGUUCAAACUGCUGUUAAAACAUGUUUGUCUUUACAGAAUUGGCAGAGAUCUGCGAAGAGACAGGGGUUCUUAUUCAAACGAUGCUCUCCAACGAGACCAGGAGAGAGAAGCUCAUAAAGUUAUGAAAAUCCUAACAGUUGUUGUCAUAGUGUUCGCGCUUCUUAUGCUUCCUAACCACAUCGUCUUUCUCUGGUUUGAUUUUGGCGAUGGAGGUAAUAUACCAUUACACAAAGCAACUUACAGAAAGCCCCGUGCAAACGAACGCAACAUUGCUUGCCAACAACUCAAUUUUGGAUGUUACAUGUUGCGUCCGUGUUACAUGUUGCUGCGUAUUGUAUGGAGUUGUUGCGCAAAGUUUGAAACCGGUCAAACAUUUGAAAACAACUCCCAACAUUUCUUUUGUUCCGUGAUCGCCGAAGCGUAGCGCAACGAUGUUGGAUCCAUUCGCACAGCUCUUCCAACAUUGUUGGGACCACGCACGCCCACUAAACACGGAUUACAAAGAUCGUAUCCUUCCCAUGAUGCACCGCAGGUCUCAACAUUGUUGGAAGCUGUUGCAUCCGUUUGCACACCCGACUGCCAACACGGACGCAACAGCUCCCAACAAUGUUGGCCCGACAAUGUUUAGAGUUGUUGCGUCCGUUUGCACUUAUUUUUAGCUUAAGGGUGUAAGAGUUUCGUGGAUUAAAAGCUGCACAUGUUAUCAAAGAUACGUUAAAACCGUGCAAAGGAAAGGGGCUUAGAUUCUUUAUUGGUCACUGCAUAAUAAGUCAGAGAAAUUUGAUUCUUGAUCAGAAGUCAGGAAAAAUUUAUGUUCAUACUGCAACUACUGACAUUUUCAUUCUAGAAAACAAAUUCUUUAUAUUUGAUACUCCAAAUCCAGUUAAAUAUCUAUCCAUACAAAAUUAUUGAAAUCGCAAAUUUAAGGUUGGAUAUUCAUGCCGGUGCUAAUAAAAGAAGUUGAAGAAAAAGUGAAAUGUAAAGCCAGUAAAAUUCUGUCAGAGCCAGUCAGGGAAUAGUCAUCAAAGUUUUUUCGUUUCAGUAAGUGGCAGACCUGCCUCUAGAAAGCCAAGAUUAGGAUGCUUUCUCCUUUGUCUAACGGGACUGACUAGAUGCUAAUAAUAAACAAUGAUUGGAUGAGGUUUUUUGUGAUAUUCGGAAUAAUCAAGGUGGAGGUAAGUGUUAUCAGCUGAGCCGAAGGCCAAGGAUCAUUACCCUCGCCAAGAUCUUGAUUAUUUGGGAUAACACAAACAUCGAAUCUAAUUAUUCAAAACGGACAGACUGCAAAUUAUAGUAGUUGCUAAAAAUACAUCUACGUGUCGUAACUGUUCAUCAGUCGGAUGCCUGAAAUGUCUGCAAUUCCACGAUUGGUUUCGGCUCCAUUGAAUCCCACCUCCAUUUUAAACAGGCCCCCAAAUGUGUACGGACAAUAUAAGAAAAAUAAAUAAAAAAUUAAGACGUCAUUUAACGAACUUAAUGUACAAAAAUAAAAAAUAAUGCACGCGCAUACAAAACUGCGAUACAACAUGGAUAAUAAUACAACUGAAAUACAAAUUGCUAAUCUCAUCUCCCGCAGGGCUGCACCAUACUUCUCGAUGAUAAGACCAUGGCGAUUGAAGAAUUAUUAAAUGAUUUCUGAAGUAGAUUGGUUUCAAAUCUAAUAACUGUUUUAGUAUACAUUGUUUUGAAGAAAAUAGCGACAAACAUACCGUCGCAAGGAACACAGUUUGAUAUUGCUCUUGGAAAUCAUGCCUAAUUCCAACGUUAACUGUAGGUUCUUAACCAAUGAGAACACUGAUAAUGAGUCUAAUGAAUAGUAAAUAAUUUCCUUUGCAGCUAGUAACAAGAACGCCGAUGGCAUCUUGGCAUUGUGUCAGAUAUGUGUGUAUGCAAACAGCGCCUCCAAUCCGCUCAUUUACAGCGCUGUAAACGAACAAUUUAGGGAGGGUUUCAAGAAUUACUUCCGCUCCUGGAUAGACUGUGUUCUUAAGAUCAAAGGCAGUAGAAGAAAGGAUAACAUGAGGACAAAUAAACGGCGAACAAAAGCGAAGCCUGUUGGAGGAUGUUCGUUUUGUGGGCAAAGCGAUACUUCGUUGAACGGGACGCUUUGUAACAGUACCAACAACUCUUCACAAGCCAAUAAUAACAGUGAUCGGUCUGGAAUGUUACAAUGGGAGUCUUCCGUAACAACAGCGCAACAUUCUGAACAAUACGACGAAUUUUUAACAACUGUGUGACAGUAUGAUUCAUAAACAUGAAAGACCCCUGAGAAAGAGAUUUAAAACUUGGUCUUACAGGACAGUGUAAUAUAGUCGCAAGGGAUUCAACCAAUUACACUUUCAUACUAAAAACUAGCGGAAAAAAAAUCAAGCUCUUUGUACAAUCUCAUUGCCAGUGUUCUCUUCUGUUCGUCCCCCCGGGGGCGGGAAUUGACGGAUUAGUAGGAGAUAGCCCUGGGACUCAGCAAGGUAGCGACUUAUAAAUGUUUCGUGUGUAUGUAUUGAGCUCUUUUUACCCUGUUUUGAUUUUACUCAAAGAUUGAUGGCAUUUAUUUUGAUAUUAUAUUACGUUUUGCUGUUAGCUUUCUUUUCCUCACACGGUUACAAUCCGGUAAAAGUCGCUGUGGAUCCAAUCACUAUGGUAAAAGUCACUGUGGUUAACAGUGAAAAAUAACUGAAGUUUUUUACUUCCGCAGUUAAUAAAUCGCUUUUCUAUGACAAAAUUGAUCAGGCAUGCGCAAAAUACGGCCUCUGAUUAAGUAGAGUUUGGGAGAAUCGCAUUUUUCAGAAGACCCCUCUCUCAAACUUUUCUGUAAUUAAUAUUUUUCCUUGCGUACAGUGGCUGGGCCUGCCUGUUCUAAGCAGGGGUAAACGCAUGCGCAAAAGAUGCCAAUAACUCAACCUACUUUUCAACCCCCAGCACAGGGUCCAGAGGAGUUUCGUGUGAAUAAAUGAAUUACUCAUUUAAAGUCUCACCUUGAAAAAUGUCUAUACCUGUCGCUUUGCACGAUUAAUUAGCCCAAUGGGAUCUUAAUGAAUCUACUGUAAACGAUUUCUUCGCUUCUUAUCUGACCAGAUCGACUUUGUGGUUCGCCAUUUUGGAAAUCAAUAACCGCCAGCCAGAUCCUCGAUGGCGCACGGAACUUCACCCGAAGGGUGACUGAAGGCCUUCGCCCGAAG